GCUACACUUUGUUUUUGAUAUGUCACUUUUACUGCCCUAACAGGGGACAUUGUAAGCUGCCAGCAGCUAAAGUAUUACGUCAGUACUACAGCAGACCUUACUUUCUACCCGGGAUGGUGGAGGCUGAUCCCAAAAACUUCAUUAUAGUAGGAGGAAGAAAAGACGAAGAGAUAGCAUCAGAAUAUAGGAGAUUUGACCCAGCUAACAUGGAGGUGACCUGGGUCAGUCAGGUCAAAGGUCAGUUUAAAUUUAAACUGUUGCCAGCUGACGUCUGUGAAGAGACAUGCAACGUCUUGGAAGGAACUUUGAAAGAAGGAGAGACAUUGGUGUACUGCAAUGAGCUAUGGUAUCUGCAAUAUUCAGCUUCAUCGAUAGGAGAAUCAUUGGCCAUCAGUAGCGGAGGGGCAUGGAGUGAUUAAUAGUACAACUCGCUACACCAUUCCGUAAUAUUAGAGCAAUAAACAUAAAACACAUUGGAAGUAUGUAGAAGUAGGUUACGAGGAUUUAAUUUGUAUCGUGUACUGAUACAUUUGCAAAGCUUAUGAAGGACACUAACAUGAAUGUCUCAUUUGGUAUUAUAACAAAUGUUAAAACAAUGAAAAUGUAGGGACAGUGAUUUUCUGUGUACACUGAAGUCACUGUUCCUAAAAAAAUUAACAUGUAUAUCAUGGAGUUUAACUUAUUUUAGUAACAAAUUGUAAAGCAAAAAAGUCAAAUUUGACUGCCUGUGGAAGUACUGUUAUUUUUUCACUUAGAUUUUUCAAAAAUCUAUUUGAGUGUGAAACAUUUUUUUAUUACUUUUGUCUAAUUCAGUACUGAUAUUGUUUUGUAAGUUAUGAGUCUUGGUUAGUUUGAAAUCAAAGUGGUAUCAUGAGUAUUACUAAUCUCAUCAAAUCUUUCACAAAUGAAUGAUGUGCAAGAUCAUUGAUAUCAAUUAAAUACACAAUGAGGUACCUAAGAUAUUGCACUUUUCAGUACUUCAUACGC